CUGUUGAGGGAAAACAAGGGGAGGUAGCAUGUGGUGUAAAGAAAUUGGAAUAGAUCUGUUUCCCAUUAUUAAUAUUUAAAAUGGCAUUAGCACUAGCACGUGGGUUUGUGGGCUGAAAAGGGAAAAUAGGAUUUGAAGAGGAUCUUAUGUCAUUUAAUGGUGCAAAUUUUUCGGUGGGUACUUGAAGGACAUCUAACGGUGCAGAUGGGUUCUCUGGAGAUAUGGUAGGGUUGGUACUAUAAGUAGUGGAGUUAGGUUUUGGUUUUUGUGUUUCACUUCCCUCUGUUCCACGAGUUACACUUCUCUUUGUCUCUAAAACUUCUUUUUGCACUUCCCUUGUCAUAAACUCAAGAUCUUGUGUUGAAACUUCAUCCCACAAACCUUCUUCUCUAAUAUUAUCUCGAAUGGGUACCAUGUCUUGCUGCGGGUCACCACCAUGAUAAGCUCUCAACUGUGAAACAUGGAAGACUUAGUGGAUGCGAGAGGAGAUAGGUAACUGAAGCUCGUAAGCGAUGGGGCCGAUACGACACGGAACCUUAAAAGGUCCAAAGAACUGCUUGGAGAGUUUUUGAGAUGUUCUUCGGUGGACAGAAGUUUUACAAUAUGGUUGGAGUCAAAGCCAGAAAAGGUCUUCUACUGCCAAGGGAUGAAUCAAGAGAAGGAAUGCUUGCAUGUCCUUUGAUGUAGUCUUUGACUGUUGGAGGCUCACGUCCAUAUAGCGCUUCAAAGGGAGUCAUUCGAAUAGAUGAGUGGAAUGUGGAUUUGUGCCAUUAUUCUGCCAAAUGAAGAUACGUGAACCACAUUCGCAGAAGAUCACUCGUAAAACACCGAAGCUCCUUCCAGAAGGCACGCGAGAAGAAAGGAUCCCUGUCUGAAAUGAUGGACUUAGGAACACCAUGCAAAUGGCAGAUCUCAAUGGAAAAACGUCUUGCUAAGUCUUGAGGUUUAAAAUUAGUAGGCAAAGCCACAAAAUGGAUGAACUUAGACAAUCAAUCAUAGACAACCCAAAUAACUGGGUGUCCAAACGAUGUUGGGAGUAAGAGAGAAAGGAACCAUUUGGGGAGAAAAGAAGAACACGUGAAAAGAGGAGAAGAGAAAGAGGCAAGAACGUGAAACCGGAAGGAGAGCAUUCAAGAGAUUCAUCGAGGUAAGGGAGACUCUUCCUUUUAGCAUCUCUUAUGUGAUCUUAGGUGAUAGGUAGAUUGAUGUAUGGUUUGAUUCAAUUAGACAUUGGGAUUGUUAGGUUAGGGUGUUCUAAUUUGGAUUGAAUUGAUGAUGAUUGUGUGAACUAUUUGGUUAAUAAUGCGUUAAAUGAUGUUUUUGUGGUGUGUAAUUGAAUAUAUGAUGAUUGUAUGCCUGUAUGUGAUGUCUGGAAUCGUUUUUGGGUGAAAAGGAUGUGAAAUCGCAGGGUCUGUCGCAGACUGGGGGUUUGCUGAAAUUGCAGGUCCGCUGAGCGGAGGGGGGUCCGCUGAGCGGAGGUCCCAACGUAGUUCGCUUCUGUUUGACGUCGCUUGAGGUCCGCUGAGCGGGGGUUGGAAGGGUUUCGCUUCUGCCUUGCUCCGCUGAGCGAACCUUGCUGUGUGUGAAUUUUUCCAAACUUCAAAAUAACGUAUCUUUUGAUCCAUGAAUCAUUUCUUAGUGUCGUUUUGGGCGUUGUGCAAGUAAUUAAAUGUGUUAUAUGAUGAACGAUGAAUAUUGGUAUUAUCCGACCUUAUUUCUUUAAAAACUCGAUUUAAUUACUUGAUAAGAAUUGAACAUUGUGUGCAUAUGAGAUAGGUGUGACAAUGUGUUUGAUGUGAUGAUGAAUUGGUGUGAUUUGUUAUUAUGAUUGUGAUGGAUGCAUGACUAUUUGAAUGAUGUUGAAAACAUGUACAUACUUAUUCGGUGAUGUGGUGUUGAGAUGAGUUGCUCAUCGUGAUUUAGUGUGUUUUAAGUAUGUUAUAUGUGUUUCAUUCAUUCAUGUGCAUUGAUGUUGGAUCCCGGUGAGGUUUGGAUCGUUGGUGGACAUAUUUCCCAUUGUGUGGAAAUUGUGUCGGUGGGCCGUAUCUCGAUGAGGCGUAGAUCGGUUAGGUGGAUUGAUUCCAUGGUUUAUUGGUACCACAUGCAUAGUGUCAGUUGUGUCAUAUGCAUUUUGUCAUAAUAUGAUUGUAUGGAUUUCUGUAGUAUGUGUUGUAAUCUAUUAUUGUGUGAAUUAAUAAUGGAUGUGAAUCUGAAUAUGUAUAAUUGGGUGAACGGUAUAUUAUGAUGCUUGUUGCUUAUGAAUUGCAUAAUAUUUACUAAUUGAGAAUGAGACUCACCCUUACAUGUUGUCAUUUUCAGAUUGAGGAGUAGCGGCAUUAGUGCUUGGUGAGGAUGACUCAUAGAGUUUAUCCGUUUAUGUUGGGUCGUGUCGGUCAUGCUCUGAUCCGUAACACUGGGGAACGAUAGUUAUAGAGUUUUUAUGAAAUUAUCUGAUUUAUUUGGUGUUGGAUUAUGAUCCCAUUUUGGUUGUAUUUGAUGAUGUUUCGUAUUCCGCUGUGUUAAACAUGAUUGUGUUUUGGGUGAAUCGUUUCCUAAUAAAGCAUGACUUUGACCUUAGUUGAUUUAUUUGUUUUAAAUAAUUGUGGCACCCUUGUGCAUAUGUUUUUACUCUGAUUAAUUAUUAAAAUUGCCGCGGGGUUUAGAAGGGUGUUACAAUAGUGGUAUCAGAGCAUAGUCGGUCGUUUGAGUCAGAGUCUUAGUGUCAGUUAAUCCCUCGUAUGCGAAUAGUGUAAGGUUGACACUAUCGAUACUUCUUGUUCUAAUGAAUAUUGUUUGAUAUUUAGCAGAACAAUGGCCGGAAGAGGAGGAAGAAAUGACGAUGCAAUUGCUGAGGCUCUGGGCAUGAUUGCUGGUGUACUGGGAGGGAAUGUCAAUGGAGCUGGUAUUGGUGCUGACAGGCAGCUGAACAGUUUCCAGCGGAACAAUCCUCCGUUGUUCAAGGGCACACAUGAUCCUGAAGGUGCUCAGAAAUGGCUUAAGGAGAUCGAGAGGAUUUUCAGAGUCAUCGAUUGUGCUGAGAACCUGAAAGUGAGGUAUGGUACUCAUAUGUUGUCCGAAGAAGCUGAUGACUGGUGGAUGGCUACCAGGGCUGAAUUGGAUGCUGAUGGUGUAGCUAUCUCCUGGGCUGUGUUCAAGAGAGAGUUUCUGAGGAGGUAUUUUCCUGAAGACGUUCGAGGUAGGAAAGAGAUUGAAUUUUUGGAGCUGACUCAGGGUAAUAUGACGGUACCAGAGUAUGCUUCGAAAUUUGUCGAGUUUGCGAAGUACUACGUUCACUACAACAAUGACGAGGCUAGUGAAUUCUCAAAGUGCAUCAAGUUCGAGAAUGGUCUUCGUGAUGAGAUCAAGCAAGGAAUUAGGUACCAGAGAAUUCGGCGAUUUGUCGAUUUGGUGGACUGUAGUAGGAUCUUCGAGGAGGAUAACCUUAAGAUGAAGUCAUCUCACUCUCGCGAGUUGGUUGACAAGAAAGGUAAGAAGCCUAUGGAUAGAGGUAAGCCAUAUGGUAGAGGAAAUCCUAGAACUGGAGAUUGGAAGAGGCCUAGUGGGGGAGAUUCUGGUGCUCCCGUUAGGUGCUACAACUGUGGAGAGACUGGGCAUAGAAGGAAUGAGUGCAAGGGUGGAGAGAAGAAGUGCUUCAAGUGUGGUAAGGCGGGUCAUAUUGCUUCAGAUUGUAGGAUGAAGAUUGUGACUUGCUACAAUUGCGGCGAAGAGGGUCACAUCAGUCCGCACUGCACUAAACCGAAGAAGGAUCAGGUUGGUGGAAAAGUCUUUGCCUUGUCUGGGUCAGAGACUACUCCAGAAGAUCGUCUAAUUAAAGGUACGUGUUUUAUCCAUGACACACCUUUAGUUGCUAUUAUAGAUACUGGAGCGACUCAUUCGUUCAUUUCAUUGGAUUGUGCUAAACGAUUGGGAUUAGAUAUAUCUGUUAUUCAUGGAAGUAUGAUUAUUGACACUCCUGCGUCGGGUUCAGUAACUACUUCUUCUGCCUGUUUGAACUGUCCUGUUGACAUAUUUGGUAGGAAGUUUGGAAUGGACUUAGUGUGCCUUCCUCUUGAAGGACUUGACGUCAUAUUGGGAAUGAACUAGUUG